AUGGCAGGAGUCGAGAUCAGCCGGCGGCGGGACGACUACCUGCAGAGGCUGGGCAUCAACAAGCACAACAACCAGACCCAGGGGACGUGGAGGCGCCCUCAGGAGACGGUAGAGGCGCCGGACAGACUGCAGCACAAGCUCGUCCCAGACGACGAGGAGGACUGCGAGGACGGGACAGGUGCCCGGACCAGGUCUUUUACGAUGGACGUCCUGAGGCCGCCGAGCCAGGACGAUUUCAGGACGAAUUACCUGAAGAAGCUCUCAUACUCGAAGGGUGCCGGCGUCGAGGGCUGGAAGCUCCAGUGGCCAAUUUCGGUGAGGGGUGGCACGGUGGCGGUUCACGGGUACGGCAUGGCGGCGGGUACUGUUGCAGCUCUGUUCGGCUGGUACGUCAUUCACUCGAACAAGGACGCCAGCGGGAAGCCACAUUUCACGACAGUCCACGGCAAGGUCGGAUUGGUUUGCCUCGUUCUCACUCUUGCCUCUGCCAUGGCCGGGAGCGUCCUACUGGAUCCUGAUUUUGGCCUAAUGAAGCCAUCCAAAGUGAUUCGACGGGUGCACAAGUACGCUGGUCGUGGGGUUCUUGCUCUCGCGGCAGUUGCAAGCCUCUUGGGCUGGUGGACGGUUGUGAAAGGAGAUCCACUUACAAUGCUGCUCAUAGCUGCACCUUUGCCUGCAUUAGGGUGGACGUUGCUCUGA